CGCGCACGCUUCGCGUGUCUUCUUCCUCUCUGUGUUGGUGGUUUGCGGUUGGAAGAUCCCGGCGUCGGAACUGGUGCGUGUGCGGGCCUCGCCCCCUUGUUGAAGCCAGCUGAUAGCAAGAUGUCUUCUGGAAGUGCCAAAAUCGGGCACCCUGCCCCCAACUUUAAAGCCACAGCUGUUAUGCCAGAUGGUCAGUUCAAAGAUAUCAGCCUGUCUGACUACAAAGGAAAAUAUGUUGUAUUCUUCUUUUAUCCUCUUGACUUCACCUUUGUGUGCCCCACGGAGAUAAUUGCGUUCAGUGACAGGGCAGAAGAAUUUAAAAAACUUAACUGCCAAGUGAUUGGUGCUUCUGUGGAUUCUCACUUUUGUCAUCUGGCAUGGAUCAACACACCCAAGAAACAAGGAGGAUUGGGGCCUAUGAACAUUCCUUUGGUGUCAGAUCCCAAGCGUGCCAUUGCUCAGGAUUAUGGGGUCUUAAAGGCCGAUGAAGGCAUCUCAUUCAGGGGCCUUUUUAUCAUUGAUGAUAAGGGUAUCCUUCGGCAGAUCACAGUUAACGACCUUCCUGUUGGCCGCUCUGUAGAUGAAACUCUGAGACUCGUUCAGGCUUUUCAGUUCACUGACAAACAUGGAGAAGUGUGCCCAGCUGGGUGGAAGCCUGGCAGUGAUACCAUCAAGCCAGAUGUCCAGAAAAGCAAAGAGUAUUUCUCUAAGCAGAAGUGAGCAGUGGGCCAAGAGAACAAAAUCUCUUUUGUACAUUUUUUUUUUUUUUCAUGCUUUAAACACGAUUUGUGUGACAAUGUGUU